AUGCCUCACUCAACUUCAACCGCAGGCCCGGAGAUCGAGCACUUCGUCCCAGUCGAGCCGACUUUAGAGCCAUUGGAGUAUGCUGACCUGGUCACCCUGGACUUAGGCACAUACGAAGAUGGCCCCGAGGCUCGCCAAAAGCUCGCCGAUCAGCUGAAUUACGCCAUGCGAACGCAAGGCUUCUUCAUCGUCCAAAACCACGGCAUCUCGAAGGAGCAGAUUGACCGACAAGUCGACAUCGGGCACCACGUCAUAACGAAAACUCCUCUCGAGGAGAAGCGGCGACUUGAAGCUCUCAUCAAAAAGUCUGGAAGCUAUCAAGGCUUCAAGCUUCGUCAGUUCUGGACGAUUGCGGGCGAUGUCAAAGACCAGAUUGAACAGUACAAUUGGAAUCGAGAUCUCAGCUUGCGAGAGCAUCCUGCAACCUUUCAACCUUUCGUGCCAGAAGUGCAAGAGAUGAACGACUAUAUCCACAAAGUCAUCUUGUAUCGUCUCCUCAGGCUAUUUGCCAUCUCCCUGAAGCUACCAGAGGACUUCUUCGUCGACCUUCACCAGUAUGAAGUCUUCGACGAGUCCUGGUUCCGCUACAUGAUGUUCUUCCAUGACCACAAAGCCGAGGAGAUGAAGAAGACCGAAGGUGUGUGGAUCAAAGGACACCACGACUUUGGAUCUGUCACGUUGCUGUUUAGCCAGCCUAUGGCUUCACUUCAGCUGAGAGAUCACGAGACUGGCAAAUGGCGUUGGGUGCCAUACGUGCCUGGAGGGAUCAUUGUUAACGUUGGCGAAAUGAUGGAAUGGUGGACUGGCGGUUACUACAAGGCCACGAUCCAUCGUGUCCAUCAGCCUCCUGAAGAUCAAAGAUACCAGAAUCGAUGUGGGUUUUUUUACUUUGUCGUUCCGAACGAAGAUGUUCGCAUCAAUACACUGCUUGAAGAGUCGCCGGUUCUGCGCGAAGCAGGAGUGGAAGAGAAGUUUGACAAGGGACAGGAGCCAAGUUCGGGGAUGUAUCGCGCAGCACGGAUUGGUGCGUAUGGUCAGACUGAUCUUUUCAAGGGCAAGUGCAAAGGAAUACAGGAGGAAGUCGUUGGAGGCAUCAAGCUCAAGCAUUACAAUUGA